AUGGUGAGCUUUGUGGAGAGAAUUAUGCCUGGCACACAGAGACGAUUGGGAAAGGGUGAUUCAGAGCAGUCUCAAUAUCAGGGUAUUAAGUGUUGGCUACAUGAUUCUUACUCCCACAGCAUACAUAAUUGUAAUGAGUUCGUGGGAAUGAGCAAUAGUGAUAAAGUGGAAGUAGUGAAGAGAAAUCGGAUUUGUUUCAGUUGUCUAAAGGGGAGUCAUAUGUCAAAGAAGUGCUGGUCGAAGAGACCAUGUAAUAUUGUCUCGGAUGGACAAAGGUGUGGCAAGGACCACCAUCCCUUACUUCAUGAAGCCUAUAUUGAGGGGCUAAUGUUCCACAUGACACUGACGGGAAAAUUGGAAAGUAGAGUAAGAGACAGGACACUGUUGAUGAUGAACAAAUUGUAUUCCACCAACUGUUCCACACCUUUGAACACACUUUGGGAUCCUGGAAGUGACAUAACUUUGGUGAGAUUUGACGCAGCGUCUAGAUUGGGCCUCACCGGUAAAGAAGUAACUCUGUCAGUCACUAAGGUUGGUGGGAGAACCGAACGGCUGCAUAGUCGAGAAUAUAUCAUCCCCCUUAAGGAUUUGGAUGGGAAAAUUUGGCGUAUUACUGCAUACGGUAUUGAGAGCAUAACAUCAACCGUUUCUUAUGCGGAGUAUGUUCGGGUACUGCAUUCGUGGGUCACACCUUUGAUCAAGUUCCAUAAACCAGGGAGCAAUGUUUUUGGAGUCAGGAUUAGUCAUAUUGCUUGUUCCAGGAACCUUAGUGAGUUAAGAGAGGAAGAUAACUUUAAGUUGAAGAUGAAUUUAGAGAAGUUUUUUGAAAUUGAAGGUUUAGGUACUUAUUGUGUCCCCAAAUGUGGAGGUUGUAAAUGUGGUUCAUGUACCCCAGGAGACAAAAAUUACAACCUUAAGGAAGAGAGAGAGUUGGCAUUGAUUAGCGCAGGUCUGAACCAUGAUCCUGAUGAAAAAUGUUGGACUGUCAAAUAUCCUUGGAUUAGAGAGCCUGAAGAUUUACCUAAUAAUGUAUCUGUUGCUGUUGCUCGUUUGAAGUCAACUGAAAAAAGACUCAGUAAAUUGGGGACGCACUAUUGUGGAUUAUAUAAUGACCAAAUCCAGGAUAUGGUGAACAGAGGGGUUGCCAGAAGGUUAUCCAUCAAGGAGUUGAACAACUAUGAAGGACCAGUACAUUAUAUUCAUCAUCAUGAAGUCCUCAAACCUAGCUCCAGUUCAACUCCCCUUCGCAUUGUGUUCAACUCCUCAGCCUCCUACAUGGGCCAUAUAUUGAACGAUUAUUGGGCCAAAGGUCCAGAUGUCCUGAACAGUUUAUUAGGCAUCCUCAUAAGGUUUCGUCAGGGAAAGUUUGCUGUUACAGGUGACAUUUCUAAGAUGUAUAACUCUGUGAAAAUGGGAACUUUGGAUCAACAUACCCAUAGGUUUCUUUGGCGGAAUAUGGACAACGAAAGACCACCUGACCAUUACAUCAUGACUGCAGUAACUUUCGGUGAUAAACCCAGUGGUGUCAUUGCUAUGACAGCCCUAAAGAAGACUGUGGAGAUGUAUGAAACAAAGUUUCCUAAAGUUAAAGAUGUUGUAACCAAAAACUCAUAUGUAGAUGACAUUGUGCACAGUUGUGAUGAUAUGCAUGAAGCUCGACAAUUAGUCAGUGAUAUUGAUCUAGUUUUGAGCCAAGGAGGUUUUAAAAUCAAGCAGUGGAUUAUGGCUGGUGACGAACUGAGUGACACAGAUUUGGGUCUCCUAGAUAGUCAUGAGCAACGGAUUUUUGGUCUAAAGUGGGACCCUAGGGAAGAUACAUUUGGAUACAGGGUCACGUUGAAUUUUUCAAAGAAGUUCAGGAAUGUACGAGAAGGUCCCUGCUUAACUAAAUCAAAUUUGGAGAGUCAAAUACCUAAGACUUUAACUAAGAGAGUAGUACUAAGCCAAGUUUCAACUGUGUAUGACCCGUGGGAGUUGGAUGACGGGCGCUUUGAGUCACGCCUAAUUAUGGCAAAAAAUCGUAUAGCUCCUGUCAAGCAGAUAACGAUACCUCGUUUAGAGUUGUGUGGUGCAGUGUUGUCAUGCCGUUUACGUCUCACUAUUGAAAAGGAAUCUGAUUGGAAAUUUCAGUCUGUCUUGCACAUAGUUGACUCAUCCAUCGUAAGAGCUCAAAUUCAAAAGGAAUCUUAUGGUUUCGGUACUUUUGUGGCUAACAGAGUUGCUGAAAUUCAGAUGAAGACAGAUCCUAAUGACUGGUGGUGGGUAAAAACUAGUGAAAAUCCAGCUGACCUAACAACUAGGCCUUGUCAUCCUAACUACCUACGCAGCAAUUCCUUGUGGCAGAAAGGACCGGAUUUCCUUUCAGACAGGAUCUCUGAAUGGCCAAUCAGUAAGUUGUGUAAUGAAGAUCUACCUGACAGAGUAGGUGUCACUUUGAUGUGUGAAGCUGCCACGGUACAGGAGUCAGAUUCUACCCUCAUAAAGAUAGAAAGGUAUAGUAGCUACAACAAACUGCUACGAGUGACGGCACGGGUAAUCGCAGCAGCAAAGACGAGGUCCUUUAAGGCUGCUUUGUGUCAACCCACUACGGACGGACUUAGAGAUGCCGAAAAUAUCUCGUCCGAGUAG